CAAAAGGCGGGGAGAAAAUACAGUGUUUUGUAAUAUGCCACCUAGGAAAAAGAAAGCAGAAGACAGGGAGAUUGAGGCCCUGAAAGCUCGCAGGAAAAAAGCCCAGGAAAAGAACGAUAUCGUGGAGGAAGCAAAGCUGUGCAAUGCUAUUGGUGCAGUCUACACUAGAAAGGGGAGCCACGAGCAGGCCCUGCACUACCACCGCACGGAGCUGCACCUCUCAGAGGCCACCAGAGAUGCUCUGGAGACGGCCAUUGCACAUCGCAGGGUGGGAGAGUGCCUCUCCGAGCUGAGGGACUACGAGCAGGCCAUUGAACACACCAGACGGUAUCUCAAGAUGGCACGGGAAUUGGGUAAUCUGGUAGAGGAGCAGAGAGCUCUGGCGACAUUGGGACGGACGUACUUGAUGCAGUCAGAGUGUGUGGGGAAAGAGGAGGCCCGGGAGCUGAGGGUGCAGGCUGGAAAUGCCAAUCUCAAGAGUUUGGACAUCUGCGACAAGCUGAGUGGUGUAAAUUCAGACAGGGAGCUGCUGGAGAUGAGAUUGCGACUGUAUCUGAACCAGGGACUCAUCUACGAGGACAGCGGAGACAUACACAGUGCCAAGAAAUUCAUGGAGAAAGCCCUGGCCAUUGCAAGCCUGGGCUCCGUGUACCUCCUGCGGGAGAACAAGCCGGCCCUCGCCCUCCGCUGCUUCCGAGACGCUCUGAGCGUGUGUGGCGCGCAGCACAGCUGGUACCUGGAGGCCGAUGUCCUCCGUGAGAUGAGCCAGGCACAGCUCCUCUUGUCGAAUUUCGACGAGGCAAAGUCUUGUCUGAAGAAAGCGGUGAGAAUCUCGCUGGAAAACUCCCAACUGGCGGAGACCGAGGUCGAUCAGAGAAAGCUUAGCACAGUGAGGAAGGUGGUGCACUAUUCUCUGGAGAUGGAGGCACUGGGUGUGGAGAGGGCAGAGGAGAAGAUGAGACUGUGUGAGAAACUCGGGGACCUCUGCUGCUCUCUCAGAGCCUUCCCCGCUGCCAUAAAAUUCUAUGAACAACAGGUCAGUUUCUGA